AUGCAGCUGCCCCUGAGCAUGGAGUCGAGCGCCGAAGAGAGCUGGCUGGAAGACCAGUGGGAGAAAUGGCUCACCCACGACAUCAGCCUCGAGGAGUUUGAGGAUGAAGACCUCUCCGAGAUCACCGAUGAGUGUGGCAUCAGCCUGCACUGCAAGGAGAGCCUGGCCGCCCGGCCUUGCCGGGCGGGCGGUGCGGCGCGGGCGGCGGGCGGCGGGGAGGGCAGCCGGCUGCAGGCCGAGAUGCUGCAGCUCGACCUCAUCGACGCCACCGGGGAUGCGCCGGCCGAGGAGCAGACGGAGCCCCAGCCGCUGCAGAAAGCCCCCCAGCCCGCCAGCACCGAGAGCUACCGGCCCAAGCGACCCACCACGCUCAACCUCUUCCCGCAGGUGCCUCGCAGCCAGGACACCCUGAAUAACAACUCCCUGGGGAAAAAGCACAGUUGGCAGGAGCGGGUGUCCCGGUCGUCGUCCCCUCUGAAAACGGGUGAGCAGACCCCUCCCCACGACCACGUUUGCCUGAGUGAUGAGGUCAAUCACCAAAACAGCACAACCUCCACCAAAGACCGGGGCACGUCCACGGAGAGCCCGUGCCGGCGCACAGCAGCCACCCAGAUGGCGCCCGCCUGCGUCGCCUCGUCCCGGCCCCCCGAGAAGCACCAGGCCACCAGCAGGCCCCCGCCCCACGGAGCCAGCGUGGUGGUGGUGACGACGAGGGGCCCCGAGGCCCACCGGGACCGCAUCCGCUACCAGACGGACGUGAGGCUGGAGGCCACGGAGGAGAUCUACCUGACGCCCGUGCAGAAGAACUCAGACCCACUGGAGACCGAAAAGCCGUUCCUGUCCCAGUCCAGCGAGAACCGCAUGUCCAUCAGCUCUGACAUCGACACCUCCAGCUAUUCCGCCUUGGCAGGGAAAACCAACCCCUCCAUCAGCGAGGAGGACGAGGUGCUGGACUAUAUGUCCUCCCCUGACAAGACGAGCCUGCCCCGGGCCUCCUGUGUGGGUGGGAGCAGUGGCUACCGGCCGGGCCACAACCUUCAGAGAGCGUCGGUGAGUUCGGACACCAGCGCCCUCUCCUACGACUCGGUCAAGUACACUCUGGUGGUGGAUGAGAACGUGCAGCUGGAGCUGGUCAGCCUCAAGCAGUGCUACUCGGGCUACAGCGACGAGAGCGACUCAGCCACCGUCUACGACAACUGUGUCUCCUCGCCCUACGAGUCGGCCAUCGGCGAGGAGUACGAGGAGGACGCGCUGAAACGCGACUCGGUCUGCCUCUCUGAGGACUCGACGCCCGAGGCGGACAUCCACUUCUCCAAGAAGUUCCUCAAUGUCUUCAUGAGUGGCCGGACACGCUCCUCCAGUGCCGAGUCCUUCGGGUUGUUCUCCUGCAUGAUCAACGGCGAGGAGCAGGAGCAGACCCACCGCGCUGUCUUCAGGUUCGUGCCUCGCCACGCGGACGAGCUGGAGCUGGAGGUGGACGACCCCUUGCUGGUGGAGGUGCAGGCGGAGGAUUACUGGUACGAGGCCUACAACAUGCGGACAGGUGACCGGGGCAUUUUUCCUGCCUACUACGCUAUUGAAGUCACCAAGGACCCAGACCACAUAACAGCUCUGGCCAAGAACAGUGACUGGAUGGACCAGUUUCGGGUGAAGUUCCUCGGCUCGGUGCAGGUUCCCUAUCACAAGGGCAACGACGUGCUGUGCGCAGCCAUGCAGAAGAUUGCCACCACGCGCCGCCUUACCGUGCACUUUAACCCACCCUCCAGCUGUGUCCUGGAGAUCAGCGUGCGUGGGGUCAAGAUUGCUGUGAAAUCUGAUGACUCCAAGGAGCACAGCAAGGUAAACAAGUGUAGCCAUUUUUUCCAGCUGAAGAACAUUUCCUUUUGUGGAUACCAUCCAAAGAACAACAAAUAUUUUGGGUUCAUCACCAAGCACCCUGCUGACCACAGAUUUGCCUGCCAUGUCUUCGUCUCGGAGGAGUCCACAAAGCCGCUCGCGGAGUCCGUAGGGAGGGCUUUUCAGCAAUUCUACAAGGAGUAUGUGGAGUACACGUGCCCCACAGAGGACAUCUACCUGGAGUAGGGGCUGGCACGGGCGCCUGCUGCACAGCCAAGGCUCGCCCCUUCCCCAUCGUGCAUGGACAAGAGCUGCUUUGAGACCAGAGGAGGAGCGGGCCCAGGGAACGGCUCCCCGGGGCACCGAGCUGCCUCCUUUCGUGGCUCCCCUUCCUCGGGCUGGGGCUGGGGGGACGGGAGGGGGGAGGGCUGGACAAAUCGUGUUUAUUGUACAAAAUAUUUAGUUUAUUCUAUUGGAGAAGUGCCCACGGGGUGCCCUGCCUGUGAGUGCUGGAGGGGCGGGCAGCAGCCUGCUCCAGCCCUUCCCUGCUGCAGGCUGGGGUGCCAGCAUCUCCUCCCUGUGACCGUGGCCCAGCUUCCCGUCACACCCCUCGGGGGGUGACUUUUAACGCAGUGGCAGAGUCGGACUCCUGCAGGAUGAAGACACAGCAGCUACAGCCAACAAGAACCACGUGAGAGCUCCUGCCUGGGGAGGGGACAUCGCUUCCCUGCCAGGCUCUGGGGACAAGGCUGCUGGGCGGGGAGGACAGAGCCCAGUGGCUCUGCUUUGAGUGCCAGCGAAAGGAUGAGCUGAGACAGCUCACCCCUGCCUCUGCCCCCUUUCCUCCUCUCUUAUAUCCAUACCCUGGUGAGAAAGACCCCCCCCGUACCUCUGCAGUGACCACACCGUGGGGAAGGAAGCGUUUCUCUGCCCCUGUCCCCUCUCCCCUCCAGCCGCAGGUGGCAGGGGCAGGGCUGAGCCACCCCACCAUGGUGGGUCUCAGCCCCGUGCAGACCAGGGUGCCUGCCAGAAGCGGAGCAGGGAAGGGCUAAAGCCUGCAGGGAGCCACACACAUCUCCAGGGAGGUUAAAAACAACAAUAACAACAACAAAAACCUUUCCUGGUCCCUGCACCCAGCGGUCUCCGUGCUUCAGCUGGAUCUGCUGUGAUGGCAACAACUAUUAAAUAUGAUGGUUCAUGGAGC